GAUGAAGAACUGUGAACAGUUGAUCCAGCUCGGUCCUUCACUCACUCGUCUUCAUCAAAUCAAGAUGAGAACGUUAUUGUUGUUGCUUCUCUUCUGUCAUGUUUCAUCACCAGUGCUACACUCCCUGGAAUAUACCAUAACUGCAUCAACUGGAAUCCCAAACAUCCCAGAAAUUAUGGCAACAGUGCAAGUUGAUGAUCUUCUGUUGUGUUACUGUGACAGCAACAAAAGGAUGGAAGUGAAGGACAUUGCUAAAUCAUUCUUCACGGAGAAUCCUGAGCAGCUGGUGUUGUACAGACGGAGAUGUUUCCACUCACUGCCAAACACCUUCAAAGACUUGACUCACAGUUUGAUGCGUCUCUUCAACCAAACUGGAGGUGUCCAUGUUUUACAGGGAGUGAAUGGCUGUGAGUGGGAUGAUGAGACUGACGAGGUCAAAGUUUUCGCUCAGUAUGGAUAUGAUGGAGAAGACCUCUUGGAAUUAGAUUGGAAUACAUUCACAUGGAAUGCUUUAACACCUGAAGCUGUCAUCGCUAAACCGAUAAUGGAAGCUGAUCCAUUUUUAAGAGGACACUCUAACCGUACUUUAAUUAAGUCUUGCCCAGAAUGGUUGGAGAAGUAUGUGGAGGAGUUGAGGGACAUUCUGCUGAGAACAGAGCUUCCCUCAGUGUCUCUCCUCCAGAAGACUCCCUCCUCUCCAGUCAGCUGCCUCGCUACAGGUUUCUACCCUCACGGAGCCUCACUCUUCUGGAGCAAAGAUGGAGCGGAGCUUCAUGAGGAGGUGGACCACGGAGAGAUCCUCCCCAACCACGAUGGAACCUUCCAGAUAAGUGUUGACCUGAACCUUUCAUCAGUCACACCUGAAAACUGGACAAGGUAUGACUGUGUGUUUCAGCUCUCUGGUGUGAACGAGGAAAUCAUCACCAGACUGGAGAAAGAUCGGAUCAGAACCAACUGGGUGGCAUUGAUAGUGAAGCCCAGUAACAUGACCGUCCUCGUCACUGCUGCAGUGGUUUUUCUUGCUCUCACUCUCAUCGAUGCUGUUGGAUUCAUCGUUUACAUAAAGAAGAGAGCCAUCAGCCCUCCAUCUCCAGCUCCUGACAACGGCGUUGAGCUCCCUGAGCGACUGAAUCCAGAGAUGUGAAUUACAAACACAAGCAGUGACUCUACUGGUGUCACUUUAUUUAGCUUUGCAGAACUAAAAGACAGAAAUGCUUCUUACACUACAGGUAAAGUUAUAUUAAAAGGACUGAUUGAAAAGAUG